UCGGUGGCCGCUAUUUCUUCGCCGGAACGAAAUAAAGGAUAUUACUUUUAUGUGCUUUGACUUCAGGAUCAAGCCAUUUUUUAGAGUUCCGUUAUUUGUGGACCUAAUGAUUUCAAGUUUUCGUAAAUUGUGCUUGUGACUUCCUGCCAAAUUUGAAAGUGGAGAUUGUACUGUGUGUUUAUGAUCUUUGGUAUAACUGUCAUUUUGAUCUGCAGCAGUUCAUAGUUGCUGAGGCACAUUGAAACCGGUGAAGUGGUGAUGUGAAUGUAGUUUUAAAAUAAGCGUAGUGGCAUAUACUCUGUGAAAAUGGAAGACGAACUAUAUGGAAUUAGUGCUGGCACUGCUGUUGACAUUCAGCGAACUGAUGGGCGUGUACACGCCGCUGUAGUUUCCGGGGUAAAUCUCCAAACUCGUAGUGUGACGGUAGAAUGGAUAGAGAGAGGAGAGACGAAGGGCAAAGAGAUUGAGAUUGAUGCUAUCCUCUCCCUCAACCCUGGACUUACAAACAAGGGCAGAGAUGACACUACCUUCAUCCCUCACAAACUGCAACGAAGUGCUACAAGGGCUUCAGUAGGUGGUCAAGCUCAUAGAGAACGAGCAUUACGCAACAAACAAGGUGGAAGGCUCACAAAUGUUCCAACAGUAAAUGGACAUGGGGAUACACACAUCCAAAGAGGAUUAGAAAAUAUUGCUCCAAACCCAGCUAAUUUAACUGCACGACAACACACUAUGCAGCACCAACAAUUAACAGCAUUGCAGCAACAAAAGCAACAACAGCAGCAGUUAAUCCAACACCAGUUACUAGUCCAGCAGCAGCAGCAGCAGCAACAGCAGCAGCUGCUACUGCAACAGCAGCAGCAGCAACAACAACAACAACAACAACAACAACAACAACAGCAGCAGCAGCCUGCAACAGUUGGAAAUACAGGGGCUGGUAAAUUUCGCCGUAGUAAUGUUGUGAAAGAAGUUGAAAAAUUAAAAAAGAACAGAGAUGAAAGGAGGCAGCGUCAAGCUGAACUUAAAGAGGAGAAAGAACUACUUAUGAAUAUGGACCCAGGGAAUCCAAACUGGGAGUUCCUCGCAAUGAUAAGGGAAUACCGGAGUAGCAUUGAAUUUAGACCUCUGCGAGAAACCGAUCCUGUUGAAGACCACCAGAUAACAGUGUGUAUUCGGAAAAGACCUCUAAAUAAGAAAGAAAUGAACAGAAAAGAAGUUGAUGUUAUCACUGUCCCUACAAAGGAUCAGAUGGUAGUCCAUGAACCUAAAACUAAAGUUGACCUCACAAAAUACUUGGAAAAUCAGAUAUUCAGGUUUGACUACGCAUUUGAUGAAACCUGUUCCAACGAACUUGUUUACAAGUACACUGCGAAACCUUUGGUGCAAACAAUUUUUGAAGGAGGGAUGGCAACUUGCUUUGCUUAUGGCCAAACAGGUAGUGGAAAGACACAUACAAUGGGUGGAGAUUUCCACGGAAAAACCCAAGACUGUACAACAGGGAUAUAUGCAAUGGCAGCAAAAGAUGUUUUUAAUUUUCUGAGGUCCUCAAAAUACAAGCCUUUGAACUUAAUGGUGUCUGCCAGCUUUUUUGAGAUAUAUAGUGGCAAAGUAUUUGACCUCUUAGCCAAUAAAUCAAAGUUGAGGGUUUUAGAAGAUGGAAAGCAGCAAGUACAAAUAGUUGGUCUGACUGAAACAGUAGUUGACUCUGUGGAAGAAGUUCUCAAGUUAAUACAGCAUGGAAAUAAUGCAAGGACAUCUGGACAGACAUCAGCAAAUACGAAUUCUUCGCGAUCGCAUGCUGUUUUCCAAAUUGUCUUGAGGGUAACAGGAAUAAAUAAAGUUCAUGGGAAAUUCUCCCUCAUAGAUUUGGCUGGCAAUGAAAGAGGAGCAGAUACUUCAUCAGCUAAUAGACAGACAAGGAUGGAAGGUGCAGAAAUCAAUAAAUCCUUAUUAGCAUUGAAGGAAUGUAUAAGAGCCUUAGGAAAGAAAGGGGCUCAUCUUCCAUUUAGAGCCAGCAAAUUAACACAGGUUUUGAGGGAUUCAUUUAUAGGAGAAAAGUCCAGAACAUGCAUGAUAGCGAUGAUAAGUCCUGGCAUGAGUUCCUGUGAACAUUCCCUGAACACUUUACGUUAUGCUGAUAGAGUAAAGGAACUAAAUGCAACUGAUCUCACUGAAACAAAAGUGUCACCAAGCGAAGAAGAAACUAUGAGAGUCGACGACAACUUAGAAGAUAGUGACCUUGCACAGCUGCGAUCAUUAAAUGCUGAAGAAAUCUCUGCAGACUUAUACACAUUCCACGAAGCUGUUUCGCAUCUUCAGAUAUUAGAAGAAGAAGUUAUUGAUACACACAAACAUUUGUUAGAGUGUAACCCACACUGGCAUCACGUGGCUGAGAAGCUUUUUGCGCUUACAAAUGAAGUGGAUUAUGACCAAGAUGAUAGUAUCACUGCCACACGACAUGCAGGAAUUACCCACAAUGCUUUAUUUGCUUCCCCUCACAACAAAGGCAAUUACACAAAGAAAAGAGCUUAUUCAAAGCAACUUGAUCAGCUCCUAACGCAGGAAAUUGAAGCACUGAUAAAGUGCAAAGAAAAAGUAGCAGCGUUCAGAGCACAGUUAGAAGCCGAAGAACUCAUAAGCCAGAAAAUAAAGCGCCCUGUUCGACAUAAUUAAUUUUGUAAAUCAUUUUGAAGGGUAUUCCGUAUGGCCCAAGAAUGAACUAAAAUUUUUAAUUUAAUUUUAUACAUAUGUACACCCCUUAAUUUUUGUGUAUUUUGAAGGAUCAUCAAACAAUCUGUAUUAUGUAACCCAUUCAUCCUUUAAACAUAGGACGCUUAAUAAUGAUAAAUUUUAAAGCUCCAUGUUACAUUUCAUUAUCCUAGUUAGUUUGAAAAAUAACAGUUAUAAUACUCGGAAGCAAUACAUUGUUUCAUUGUUUGGCAUAAAAUGAGCAUGACGUGAUAUGUCCAUUCACUGAACAACAUAUUUUUUACCAUUGAUUGUAAUUUUUUCUUAUAUAUAUGUAUGUAAAUUGCAAAGUUUCUUCCUUCUGUUCUCCUCUCUGUGUACCCUGUUCCUUGUCAUUCUUCCACAGAAUAUAUAUACAUGCGUAAUUUUUUGUUCUUUGUACAGAAUGCGUUUUUAUAGAAAAUACAGAAAUUCUUUUCUCAUAUUGCAGUAAUUGUAAUUGGCUCUGGAACUAAAGUAUAUGUGUAAUAUUUAAUGAGUCCUUUCCCACACCUACUGAAAUCAAAAAUUUCUUAAGUCGCACCAGGAUCAUUGUGAGAGUGGUAGUUUGGGGGAGGGGAGAAGAGGAUUUCUCAGAAAGAGCUAAGGAUCUCUUGUAGGAACCAAUAUUUAUAAAGUUUUACUGUCUGUAUUAAUCAUCUACCAAAAGUUUAUCAACAAUAAUAAGAAUAUUGUUUAUCUGUUAUGAUACUUGUUUCUAUAAGAGUGCAGAGUUCUCCCACAAAAAAAUCUGUUCUCAUUACUUCAUGAUUUUGAAAAAAAUUGCAGCAAUUUGAAUUUUUCUGUCUUUCUAAUCAUAAUUUCAUAAACUGUCUGAUCUUUGUUAUUACUCCUUCCACUGGUUGUUUUUUCUUCCCUCCAUUGCCAUUGACACUACUCGGUGCACUGCAGGAGCUUCUGUCUUUUUAUUGCACUUCACUGAGUAUACUAUUAUAGUAAUGUAGAUUAAAUUCUCUUGUGUAAUAUUAACUGGACCAUGAACAGUGCUGAGAAUGGUCAGCACGGAGUUGAACUUUGUCUGUAAUAGGAAUCUAUUGUACGAGAGAGCUAAUCAUAUUUAUGUUGUGAAUCCCACUUCUGACCCAUCUCGGGGGGGUUUUGUAGAGAAAUUGUCUUCUUUCAAAGUAAAAAAUUUCUUUAAAUUUCUGCUCAUAAUUCCCUGCACCUGGCAAAUUGUCACAGUCUGCAAAAAUGAGCUAUCAGGGCUAAUUUGUCUUGCAGAGAAAUUUGGUUGGUGAAUUUGUGGGUAUUUUAUUUUCCUUUUUUGCUUUGAAAAUGUAAAUAAAUAGUUUCAUUUACUCUUCUUUUUGUCAGUAACUCUAAAGUCUUCCAUAUAGAACUCUUCAAACCAACAAACCCUCCAUUACUAGCUGAAAAACACUGUUAGAAGUUCUGUUGUUCAAUUUAUUAAAAUUGCCAACAAUAGCUCCAAAGCAUAAAAAGAAUGUGCUGGAGAUGAGACACCCGUUUGUAUCCACUGAAUCUGGAGAAACAAAAUUCUCCAUUAACAAUCAUACCAAUAAGUGUUGCUAUUAAUCGUCAUAGUUACAUCUACCCCCCCCCCCCACCUCUUUUUGUGAUCUUGUGUUAAGUAUUAUUUAAAAAUUUUCCUCCUUCACUUCUCUCUGUAUAUGUCCAAAUUAAUAAUCUUCACCAUUUACAUUGUUCUGCUUCAGGAUAUAAAUAUUUUGUUCUGGUUUCCAUACCUAGCAUCUCAUACCAUCGUAAAUUACCAGACAUCUAGUCUGACAAUUUAUUCAGUGACGAGAUUUUACUAAAGGCUGAGGCUCUUGGUGAGAAUAUGAUCUUCGAGCCUUCAAUUUUUAAAUAAUUUUUUUUUUAUUUGAACAGAUGUAAGUUUUUAUAGAUUAAAAAGUGGCUUCAAGUAUCUGUGUGCUAUGAACCUGAGAGAACUGUUCACACUGCUGUGAAACAGUGGAUUGUGUUUUAGCAAGCAGUUGCUUAUUUCUGUAAAAUAUGUGACAUCAGUCUUAAGGUGUAUACCUUGGAGAUUGAAUUUAUUAUUAAAAAUAAGUGCUGAAACUGGUCAUUCAUCAGUCACUACAAUAAAAUAUGAAAUACGUGUUUUUAUGUUGGUGGAUGUGUGCAUGGUGGGGAGGGGAGGAGAAGGAUGUUUGUGUACAUGAAGGCCUGUUUAAUAUUGGUGGACUGUAGUCCAUUCACACAUGUAUGUUGUCUAUGGUACAGUGCUUUGCAGCAGAUACUUAAAUAUUUAUCAAAUACUAUAAAAAUGCUGAGACUUCAGCUCUCAAACUUCAUGCUGCUUAAAAGAAAAAAUCCCUGAACUAAAGUUCAUUUUGAAAUUGAUUUCUUGAAGAACAUGUUGAAGUGUUAGUUAAAAUACCUUGCAAAUAAAUAAAAGGGCAAUAUUUUUUUAAUAUUAUAACUGUUUGGAUGAAGUAGUCUCGAAAGUUACUUUGCCGAAGUCAGUAGAAGGUAUGUAAAGGGAAAACAAUACACCCUUUACUGUAUAUUACUGUUCUUAUUUUAAAUUAUUGUUUUCGAGGAUUACUACCGAAGGUAAAGCACUGUGCCUGGAAUACAAUAAAUACAAGAGUGUCAGUGAAUGAAACCAGCAUAGAAAAACAGCUGGAUAGUUCAUAAAUCAGUAAUUAACAUACACAAGAUUUCAAGCACAUAAGACAAUUAACUGUAAAAUGCAGUUUCUUGAAAGAAAAAUUUCUUGACAAGUUACUAAGUUUUGGACGGAUAACAAACAAAAGUGUUUGAAGAGCACACUAUACGUGUCACUUCAUUUGGUGAAACAAAGAUGAAUUUCUUAUGGGUACUGGUACCCCAAUUAUUACACCAUUUUAUCCUUUGUCAUAAGAGUUCCAGAUUAUAGCUGUCUAUGGCUGCUGAUAAGGCCAUGUGUGUAAUGUAUGAUUACUAAUAUGUUGUUUUGACUGCUGCUAUGCUGGUUGUAUAUUGCUGUAAAUAUUACCAUUAAUAUAGUAUUGUUUUGUACUUUGAGGAAAAAGUUGUUGACAUACAGUAGGGAAAUUAUUUCUCCGGUGUUACAUAAUGCACCUGUGUGACUUGGUGCUUUGCUGUAGUCUUCACCGUGUGGUGGCUUAUAACAUAACCUAAUUUGUUGCAAUGCCAGUUUAUAAGGUAGGUUACAAACUAGAUGCAGUGGAUAUAACGUUGUUGAUACCAUGACACAGAUUUAUAAGCAUUGAAAAGAAAAUUACAAAAUAUUUUGUGCUAAAUAUGCAAUUUGAAGGGAGACCAAAUGAUUUGUACUUGCAUCAGCUAAUGUUACUUCAUAUUAAGUUGUAAAAUUUGAGGGUUAGAUUAUGUCAUGUUCGUAAAUGCAUUGGUUUAACCAAAUGAAAAAUGCUCUGUAUCAGAGCGACAGGAGAAGUUUGUAACAUAAAAUGUCUUUUAUCUCAAUAAAUCAUUAUAGUUGCUCA